AUGGGGCCGUUUUCCCAACAGCAAUGGCCGACCUGGGCAUAUUCCGGGCUCAGUGACCCAUUCACGACCUACCAACAGCAAUUCUCAAACUACCCAGCCUACCUCGCCGAGUCCAUGGACACGUACCAGGCGCACCACAACCGGCAUCUCGUCAACCACCACCAAUUGUCCAGGACAACCGAGUCCAAGCCCCGCCUUUCCAAGGAGGAAGUCGAGGUCCUCGAGGCCGAGUUUCAAAAGAACCACAAGCCGAGCAGCACCACGAAAAAGGCGCUGGCUGAAUCCAUGCGAGUUGACAAUGCCCGCAUCAAUAACUGGUUCCAGAACAGACGAGCCCGCGAGAAGAAGGAGAACAACAUUCGAGAGUACGAGGCGAGGCAAAAGCUGGAGAAGGAAAAGGCGGACGCCGACUCCGGCUCGCAGACAGACAACUCCCGACAGUGCGAUCUCGUGGCCUCCAGCGCCCCAUUUCCAGAGCCCUCCAACCUCAAGGUCCACGCCGAUGCCGCACUCUCGCCUUCGGCACAGUCCCUUCAGGAGACGGCCAGUGAGACCACAGAACAGAGCCAGGGCUCACCUGCCUUCUUCGCUGGCCAGAACCAGACUGCCAGUCUCGUGAGGACUGAUAGCGUCGAGUCGGAUCAGGACGAUGAUGUUGCUUCGGUGGAGCUGUCGGAGAACGCGGAUGGCUACUUCGCCAUCUCACAGGCCUGCGCCGGCGUGUCAGCAGCAGAGUCGGACUCGGUUGUGCUGAUGGAGAGCCGGCCUACAGCCCAAACCGUUGACGAGUACCAAGAUUUCAUGGCAACCGACUUCGAGGGCAGCUGCUUCGCCCACACCCAGUCCAUGUCUGGCGAUUCCGAGGCCAAAUCGCCCCACGCAGUCGACAUUGCAUCCCGACGGAACCGCAGGCCAGCGCCUUUGGCAAUCACGGGAAGCCGAAGCUACUCUUCCUACGCGCCGAAGACCGCCAUAGACAUGAGCGGCAAGAGAGGCGAUCGUACCAGUCCCAUGCGCCGCGUCGCGUCUGCUUCUGGGUCCGGCCGGGUCAAGAAGUCCGUGUCGACUCCCCGAAGCCCGUUCUUCGAUGGUGUAUUCCCCUCGCGAAGAUCACCAAGCGCAGCUGGCCCGCAAGGCACCGGUGCGCCACCGACUCCAGACACCCCGAUUGCCCUCAAUCACCAGGGCGUGGUUGAUGGUACCGCUUCGUACUCCCUUGACAACAAAUACUUGUCCACGGACAUGACCCUCCAAGACCCUACUCUUCGGACACCACCAACGACUCCUGGCUUCAUGGACAGCUUGUUCCCGAUCGGAUCUGGGUAUGACAUGAGCAUUUCCGAAGAGACCCUCGUUGCUCCCAGCAUGGGCAGGCUUCCCAAUGGCUUCUCCGUGUCUGCCGUGCAGAGUGGGCUGUCUGGUUAUGUCGGCGCUGCCAACAACGGCACAAGUCAAGUCCAGGCCAACCCGUCGUUGCUCUCGUCACAGAUCGGGUCGACAUACCUGAAUUUUCUAGGUACCGGUGUCGACUACAGCUGGCCUGAAUCGUCCAUGCGGCCAUCCUCAGCAUCACAGCAGCAGCCUGGAGGGUACCUAAAUAUGGCCCCCGCAGCCUUCAGCCACGUCGAAAACUGA